AUGCGCUCUUUACCCCUUGUUUCUGCGGCUCUCGCUAUCCGCGCCUUCGCUAGCCCGGUCGAGAAGCGACGCGUCGUCACUAAAGUCGCAGUCCAGGUCAAAACCAUCACCGUCUACGUGACUGCCGGAGCUCCCCUGCCCAUUACAACGCCAGCGGCAACCAAUACUCGUUACGUUUGGUGGUGGCCCAAGCCAAGUUCUAGUGCCAGGCCCAGCACGGCUCCGUCUGCAACGCCACAUCCCCCGACUGUCACUCCUGCACCGACGUCGAGCCUUACUGCGGCACCCCAGCCAGAGCCUAAGCCAAGCUCUGCUGCCCCAAGCCAGGUGUCAUCACCUGCUCCCAAGGGCGACGGAGGCCUUCGUCCCACCGGCGAAUCUCAAGCAUACUUGUCGUCAGGUCCAGAAUAUAAGGCUGCUGUUCUGUACCAUCACAAUGCAGCUCGGGCCAGGCACGGCGCCCCUCCUCUCACUUGGAAUGAUGCCUGCGAGGCCGGCGCUCGAAGGACUGCUGAAACCUGCGUCUUUGAGCAUCCUGCCUUCCUCGGCGAGCUGAAGCAGGGGCAGAAUAUCUUCACUGUUUCUGGCAAUGCCUUCAAUGUCACUGCCGCCAUUACGGAGAGCUGGUACAAGGGCGAGCUGGAUGCCAUGAGACCCUACUUUGGCUCUACUGACAUACCCGACACCGUUUUCCACAGUGUCGGCCAUCUCACUGCCAUGCUCUGGAAGAGCACCACGGGUGUCGGGUGCGUCUCGAUUGACUGCGGAGAUAGGAUGAAGCUGAGCGACGGCACCCCUACGAGAAUGAACAAGUUCACGGUCUGCAACUAUGCUCCGCCUGGAAACUAUGCAGGCCGUUAUGCGGAGAACGUUGCAGCUCCCAUUAGCAACGGGAACCUGGGCAGCUGGGCGGAGUAA